AUGCAUUUGAGAGCAGGAGCAAAGGAUUGGAGUCAAGCACGUGUAAGCGAACUUCGUACGUGGGAAGACUUUCGUGAAGCAUUUAAAGAGACAUUCAUGACGCGUGAUGAUGUAUCAACGCGAUGGACUCGAAUGACAGCGCGACGUCAAGACAGAGGCGAGCCGAUCGCAAGAUAUUUUCACGCAAAGGUAAAGUUGUGUAGCUCAUUAGGAUUAACAUUUCGUGAAGAAAAGUUUGAAGUGUUGUCAGGAUUGUGGUCCCGUGAGUUGUGUAAAGUUGUGAUGCCAGCGCCACAGUAUACGUUAGAUGGGCUGUUGUAUGAUUUGUUGUACUAUGAUAAGUGUUUAAAAAGUCAAAAAGUCGAGCCGAGUCAUAACUAUAGCAAUAAUAGCAACCGCGAGACAACAUUGGGAAAGGGACGCCCGUCGACCAGUACUACUCACAACAACGAAGGCAACAAAAGCCGUGACGGUAAAGUUAAGAGUGAUUCGCGAGGCAAGAGUGUAACGAGCGAACAGCAAAAUGGUGAGAGAACGUGCUUCAAUUGCAAGAAACCAGGGCAUUUGAUUCGAGACUGUCCAGAAGAGCUUCGAAUACCUCCUUGCUAUAAAUGUCACCAGAAGGGUCACAUCAGCCGUAAUUGUACAAGCGAAGGAAGUGUAGAUAAGCGCAGUGAGAUCAAUCGGGAAUCAACAACACGAUUGUACCGCUGCGAAGUAUUUAAAAACAGCGAAGGUGGUGCGGAAUGUACGAUACGCGCUACGCGGGUGUUGCAAGAACAGUUUCCGAUGCUACCCGCAAGGACUGAGUUGAAGGCAUUUGGACCGCCAGAGUUCGUAGUGACCAGUGUCGGUGUGAUAAGCGCUGGUGUUGUUAUUGACGACGUCGAAUUAGAAGACGUUACCCUGAGAAUAGUACCAGAUGAUGCAAAGUCAAUGGAUGUGUUGAUGUUUCCAACCCAGUGCGAGCCACCGGCAUCAAUGUUAGCUAGUGCAGAGAAUGAGUAUGCCGUCGCUGAAAAACAGUUGCUGGUACGCGGAGAAGUGUCGAGCGUGCCAAUGGUAGAGCAAAAGUCAACAUCAGAGGAAGAAUUCCUCUGUGAUACGGUCAACGUUGGAGAGGACCAACCACCGGCUGUGCGACAAGACUUGAUUAGGUUAUUGAUAGAAUUUAGAGAUUGUGUGUCGACUAGUUUGUAUGAUUUAGGGUGUGCUAAGGACGCUGUUAUGGAUAUUAAGGUACCUGAGGAUGCAACUCCUGUGCAGUGUAUUGUUACGGAAACGCAGUCUGCUUAUGCAGGUCUAGUAUUACUAGUUCGGAAAAAGACGGGCGAGUCACGUCUUUUUGUAGACUUUAGACGAUUGAAUGCGAUUACUGAGAGAGUUCAUUUCCCCUUGCCUAACAUAGAUGAUCACCUUGCCCAAAUAAGAGAUAGUUCGUUGUUCGUUGUAUCAGAUUUGGCUCAUGGAUAUUUGCAGUUGCCAAUUGCAAGGAGUGCACGUCAUAAGACAGCAAUAAUUACACCAGAAGAAACUGUAGAGUAUACAAGAAUGGUUUUCGGUCUAAUGAAUGGUCCCGCUUACUUUAGCAAGGCGAUGCACAAAGCCCUUGGUCUGUUACGUGAUAAUGUAGCAUUAUUCUACCUGGAUGAUAUCCUGAUACCAGGGAACAGUUGGGACGAUCUGAAGCCAAAAUUACGUUUAGUCCUUGAAGCACUGAGAAAGGCAGGAUUAACUAUUAAGUUAGCUAAGUGUUGUUUUCUGUUUUCAAGAGUGUCUUACUUAGGACAUGAAAUAUCAGCGAGAGGGAUUGAAUCAGGACAGCACAAGGUAGCAGCCAUUGGAGAGUUUCCGAGGCCGAAGAAUGUGCACGAGAUAACUGAACCAAUAUCAAGAUUGUUAAGAGCGAAUGAGCCGUUUAUUUGGAGUGAGUCACAACAAACUGCGUUUGAAGAACUUAUUCGAAAACUUACUGAAAGCCCAAUUUUACAGACAUUUAAUCCAAGAGCAGAGACAGAGUUGCAUACGGAUGCAAGUGCGCUAGGAUCAGCAGGCAUGCUAAUGCAGAAAGAUAAGAAAAGUAAACUUAGACUAGUGUUAGUCGAAGAACGAGCGAGCCAGAACGUCAUUAUCAUAGCAGUAAACUUGAACUCAAACAUACCGUUCACUGUAAUCACCGAUUGUCAGGCGUUAUGCUACUUGAUUACGCAGAAGACGUUGAAUCCAUAG